AUGUUUCCAAAUGAGCAACAAGAAUGGUACUAUGCUUCAACAAUGGAAUAUCCAUGGCGGUCUGAUCAACUUGAAUCUUUCCCUCCUACUCCUACUCUACAUCUUCCUUCUUUCCUUUAUCCUUCUUUCGCUCAAUCAGAUGAAUCCAAUAACUAUAACAUCGAUCUUCACCAUCAUCAUCAUCAUAUGAGUCUUAGUCCUAGCAACGGUACUAACAACAGUAACAGUAACAAUGGUCAAGAGGAGGAAGAAGAGGAUCACCGAGGAACGGUUUCAGAGAAGAAACUGAAUCACAACGCAAGCGAACGCGACCGCCGCAAGAAGCUGAACACCUUGUACUCUUCACUUCGUGCCCUCUUGCCUGCUUCUGAGCAAAAGAGGAAGCUGAGCAUUCCAAUGACGGUGUCAGGAGUGGUGAAGUACAUACCAGAGCAGAGGCAAGAGCUUCAACGUCUGUCUCGAAAGAAAGAAGAGCUUUCGAAGAAAAUCUCGAGAAAAGCAGCGAGUUUGAAUCAUCACCAAGAACAGCUGAGAAAUAGAGCAAUGAUGGAAUCUCUAGAUUCUUCCUCCCAACAGAUCGCAGCGAAUUGGCUCAGUGACACAGAGAUUGCUGUGCAGAUUGCUACAUCGAGCUGGACAUCUAUCUCCGACAUGCUGCUUAGGUUAGAAGAAAACGGGCUUAAUGUCAUAAGCGCCUCUUCUUCGGUUUCUUCCACCGCAAGGAUCUUCUACACUCUGCAUCUUCAGAUGAGAAGAGAUUGCGCAGUGAGAUUGGAAGACCUCAAUGGUAUUCUCUUCGGAUUACGACAACAAUCAUACUGA